AUGGAGGUAACACGAACAGCCUCGACCUCGCAUGGGCUUCCCACGCAGCCUCAACUUUCGAUAAACCAUCGUGGUCUUGGCGAGUCUCAACGCCGUACUCCAUCGUUCCGGUCUCGCAAGCCAGAUAUCAUCACUCCAUCCUCCCCCUCCAAGGCCAAGCGUCCGUAUCAGCGCCCUUUGACAGAAUCUGUUAGAAAGGAGGAGGAAGCCCAACGUCAAGCUGCUCUCCUCUCUUUCGCCGAAGCCCGUGCAAAAGUGUUAUCAAUCCACUCAUAUCCAGAUUCCAAGGAUGCCGAUUUCAAGUAUCCUCCUGGCUCCCAAGGCGAUUCGAGUGCUCGCGGUCUGUUGGAGCAGAUCAAGAAUCGCAUAGACCAGCGUGCACCAAAGCCGAGCAACUUUCUCCAAAAGGCCAAGCAGGUACAGCAGUCCUUACUCGAAAAGCAACAACAGUUAGAGAAGCUCCAAAAGGCACAAGAAGAGGCAGAGAAAAGGGACAGCCUGAGGAGUGAUGGCUUUAUGAAGAGGCAGUCUCAGUCAAAGACGAAGUCGGAAGCGACACAGGGAGCUUUCUUUCGAGCCAAAGCGCGCGCUGCUGACCCCGAUGCGCUCAAGUCAGCCGAGGAAGCAGAGGCAUUGGAAGAACACUACUCUUCAGAAGGUAUUGUGCAUCGAGACGACGAUCUUGCUCUGGUCGAGGCACUGCGACCAGGACCUCGUGCCAUCCCUCCCAACCCAGAAGAUCCCAAGUGGGAAUACAUGGAGCCUUUCUCCGGCCAUCGAUUGCGAGAGCGCAAGCUAUCCCACGUGCAACUCAAAGACUAUCUUUGUGGACGCUACCAUGUCCCUCCCUCCCUCCUCUACUCGAUCGCUCGUCCGCUCACUAUGGGUAUGGAUGGUAGGUUACCAGAUACCAUGCGCAAUGGCGACUACGAAGUUCCUGUCGACGGUGACUGGAUCGUGAUCGCGACCAUUGUGGAAAAGAGCGACCUGCUCGUGACUAAAGGAUUUCGUCCUGAUGACUUUGAUCUACCAAACAAGCCAUCUUCGCGUGGAACGGCAGCCAUGUCUAGAUUGGAAGACGAUCCGGUGCUGUUCCGAGAUGUGGGCUCCGAUGCGAACGGCAAACUUCGACUUGAUCUUGAAGCAGGCAACUCUAACGCCUUCCAAGAUGCUUCCAGAGGCAAGUCGAAGUCAUGGCAACGAAGCCAAGCCCAAGGCGAGGCCAUAGAUGAAGAGCUCGAACGUACGCGCCAGCAAAUCAACCUCGCACAUCGUUCUCGCAAGUUUGUCAUCCUCAAGCUUGUCGACCUCGGCGUCAAUAGCACUCAAGGCGAUGGCUCUGGCUCGGCAGGACGAGGAGACAAUUAUCUCUCUCUCAUCGCCUAUGAGUCGGAUCAGGUGGACACAUCCGUUGUCAUGCACAAUUCCAGUGCGCGCUCCGAAGUACCUGAGCCCUUAUCCUCCGCCUCGUCCGUGACUAGGAAGUUUAUCAAUGGUUCUCGCGGUGCCUUUGAGCUGCUCUACAAGCAAGCUGAAGGUACACUUAUUGCCAUCAUGAAUCCCAAGGUGAUGCGCCCUUGGGCACCGGCAGGAAGCAAUGCGAACUCGACAGAGACAAAAAUGCUGCGCAUCACUCCAAGGUCUGCCGACGACUGCUUGAUCAUCGGCCAAGCUGCGGAUUACAGGAGAUGUUCGGCGAUCAAGGCCAACGGUCAAAGAUGUAGCAGCUUUGUUGACAUCAAAGCGCGCAAGCAGACUCGAACCACGACGUGCGACUACCAUCUGAGUAGGCACAUGGACGAACUCGCGAAGGGCAGGCCGGAAUUUGCCGCCAAUGCGACUUCUAGAUUUGGCGGUGCCGGUGGUGCCGCUGGUAUGGGUGGCCGAUCCGCUCAUCGGAGCUCCUUUCCCGGUCGUCGAGGCGGAGGCUACAAGCAUGACGGGUCGGCAAUCAGCAAUAUCAAUUCUUGCAGCAGAGAUCACAGCGACCACAGCAGCUUCAGCAGCAGCAACCAAUCCCCACCUCCUGCGCAUGCAAGAAAGCUCAGAACCGCCUUUGGCAACAUCGGCGAUGGCAUGGAGAACAAUGGCGGGCAAGUGUACCUCUGUCAAUCACCCAUUGUGACUGCAUACGGUGCAGAACAAGAAGUUCGCGCAUCGGAUCCGUCCAAUUGGAAGUACGAUGUCAGCGGUAGAUACGGUCGGGGCAACACUGAGAAGCAGAGCCGGCUGAAAAAGCAGAUCGCGGAAGAACAACUCAUGCGCAAAAUCGAGGCUCGAUUUGCUGCACCGUCGGAACGACCGUCCAAGAGGCAAUCUGACGAUACCGAUGGGGAGAAGAGUGAAGUGAGUGCUCUGCCGGUGCUGCCGAAUGGAACUGCUGACAUGAUUAAUGCAGCGUACUCGACAUUGGAUCAUCGAAAGCGGGUUGCGAAGCAGAAGCAAGAUGCGGUCAAUGCCAAGAGGCGAAAGUACACCGGCGUUGUCGAUCCAGCUGUGAGCCAAGCCGAUACGGAAGCAGGGUCGGCCAAGCUAAAAUUCAUGAACCUCGCGUCCACUAGCAGCAAACGAUCCAACACUCUCCUCGGCGGAAUGCCGAUUGUAGGUCUCAACAGGCACGCUGCCGAUUCGCAAGCGUCUCCAAGAGAAACCAGUAAUUCGCGAAGUAAGCUCCUGUCCCUCGCUCGCGACGCUGCAUUGUUCGCGUCCACUUCGCGUAUCAGCGGCCUUCCUGAGCCCAAUUUGAAACUCAACAAGGCUCAUCGUCCAAAGCUCCGGCUGCCGUCGCACGAAGUGGGCCGCGCCUCGAAGCUCAAAGUUGUUGGAGGCGAGUUGGUCAAUUUGGAUGAUUUUCAGGACGAUUGGGAAGACGACCUCGAUCUGCCCGUUGCUUCUACCGAUAAUGCAGGCGAGGCGGGACUGAGCGACCGCAUCAUUCUUCCGACAAUUUCACAGCCCCGUCAGUCCCACAUGGCGAGUCAGCAAGACGAUGCUGACGACUCGGAUCUUGAGAUCAUCUAG